GCUUCGUUAUGGUUUGAUCGAAUGUUAAACGUAGAAAUUGCAUCUAUACUGCUUUGUGUAAUACUGAAAAUUUAUAUUUAAAUUUUCUUAAUGAGUUAGACGACGAAUUCGUCGAGUUGUGUAUUUAUAUACAUUUAUGCGCGCAUUGUCAUCUGUCGAGCGGCCGGGAGACGUUGUUUAACUUAUAUGUCUCAAUCUCGAAAGCUAAAAAGGGACAAGAUAACGAAGUGACCGAUGGUUAAUUUUUAAGCACAGCAAAGAAUUUAAUUAUUAGUUCACCCUCGCGAGUCCGUAAAAAAGCAUUAGUUCCAACAGCAUCAGCGGACCAGUUGUAUCUACUUAAUUUUGUCCAAAAAAACGCAAUUAUUUGUGUUAUAACGUUGAGAAAUUUUUUUGUAUUGAAACAUUAUGGGAGAUAUUAAAAAACCCACGGGGCUCGAUUGGAUCCAGCUGGAUAUAGAUAUGGGUAUGCUUCACCCACCAGAAUCAAAUUUUGAAAGAAUCAAGCGCAAAUGUUUGAACAAUCCUUUGGUGCCAAUUGGUGCAUCAGUGACAGUGGGUGCUCUGUCUUAUGGAAUCUUUAGCAUGUACCGAGGAUCAAAAGAAACACAGCAACGCAUGAUGCGUCUCCGCGUUGCUGCUCAAUUGUUUACUGUUAUCGUAGCCGUUGGAGGUAUAUUUUUAUCAUUACCAAAAGACAAAAGAAACUUUCAAGACUUUAUAAGAAGUGGAGAGCCUGAGUCAAAGAUGACAAAAUAAUUGCUAAAUCAGAUUUUAUUACAUGAAUCUAAGGGUGGUUAAUUUUGUUUUAAAAUACUCUUAAAGUUGUGUUUAUUCGUGUGCAAUAAUUAAAUUACACAUAUUUAAAUCAGUUUUAUAAAUGUAUCCAUCAUUUCAAAAUAGCAUUAAAAGAUAGUUUUAUUAAACAUAAUUGGUUACUACUCGAUUAUCUUAUCGACUAUUAGUUAUUUGUACCACAACAAUAACCCUUUGUGACUUGUCAUUAUAGGUAGGUACCUCUAAACCCUCGCUAAUGUAAAAUUUUCCGCUGGCUUUUUAUGUUCUUAAGUAGCGUACUUUAUAUUUUACGAUUCUGAUUAAAAGGAUUCAAAAUUAUAAUCUAAAAAAAUGUAAUGUUCAUAAUAAAUAAGAAAUAAACUAUAUUUUCAAAACAUAGUUUA